AUGACCGACCAGAUCAAGCAGAUCACAGAAUCUUGUGAAGCCUGUCAGACAUACAGUAGAGCUCAACAGAAGGAAUCUCUGAUGAGUAUUGAAGCCAACUAUCUGUGGGAGAUAGUAGGGACAGAUCUGUUCACGUUUGAGGAUCGUGAAUACCUUCUUACUAUUGACUACUUCAGUGGAUUCUGGGAAGUUGAUUAUCUUCCGAAAACUAACUCAUUAGCUGUGAUUAAGGCACUGAAAAUACACUUCUCAAGACAUGGCAUUCCAAACCAGCUCAUCUCUGAAAAUGGUCCACAGUUCGUGAGCGAAGGGUUCUCAUCAUUCACAGAAGUAUGGGACAUUGUACAUUGUACCAGUUCUCCUAGACAUCCAAACGCCAACAGCAAAGCAGAAUCGGAUGUGAAAGCAGCCAAAACAAUGAUGAGCAAGUGCAAGAGUUCGAAGAUGGAUCCCUAUCUCUGUUGGCUCAGACUUCGGAAUACUCCGACUCAGAACACGGGGACUAGUCCGACUCAGAACACGGGGACUAGUCCGACCUAG